AUGCGCUUAGGCGAUUUGCCAAGCAGUAGUGAGGGCGACGACGCGAUUGCUCUUAUCAGUUGUCAGUUUGUUGCAGUGGCUGCACAAUGGUUCGACCAUGUCGUUUCGGAAGUUAAAAAUACCGAGCAUCAGUUCUCCGUCAAAAAGCAUUCCUUUCACUGCGAAAGUGACCAUUCUGUACAAAAGACAUUCAAUGCAAUACGCGACAGAUUGUGCGGAAUUCUGCAUAACGAAACAGUUACGGUCUAUCAGCUGCAGAUGAGUGGAACGAAGCGUUUCUCGUCGCAUUUUGCACCGACCGAACUCAUUACCACUUUCGCU